AUGAAUAUGACAUGUAUUGACAGAUUACUAGGUUUAUUUUUUAAAGUAAACGCGGAAAUGCAGAGUUUAGCAGGCAGCCAAUCAGGGCUGGAGGCGGAAAUGGCGUAAGAACACUCAAUAUGGCGUCGGAUUCAAACGGCCUCGGCUCGAUUUCAGCACAUGUUUGUUUAGGCAGUUUGCGUGCUGUCAUGGCAACCAAACAGCAUCCCCAGGGCUGAAGUCCCUCUCUGUAGGCGUGACAGAGCAAGUCAGUCGUACCCCCGCUCUCUCUUCUUGCUGUCACAAAGAACAUUUGGAAAGCUUCUUGUUCAGGGCGGUGCCGCUGACAUCUGAGGAGCCACCAUGCAGGACCAGGCAAAGGAGCAAAGGGGAGCGCCCCCCCAGGCGGUACCGAGAGCGACGACGAUGCUGAACGCUGGCACGACACCGAGCAGUACCGAGCUGGGCACCCCCCAGCAGCCGAGGGGGCACACGGGCAAUGCGGAGCGAGGAAGAGGAGAGCAAGUCGACGGCAAGCUGACGGGAAGGAUGAGGAUCCAACGCCUGGAGAAGGAAAAGCUGGCGAUGACGUCCACACACAACCAGCAGCUGUGCGCGUUGGACGCAGAGCUCGCCCGGCUCAGGUCCUCCGUGGAGCGCGGGGAAGCUCAGAGGGCAGAACUGCAGUACCGGGUGGCCGUCGGCCGCAGAGACGCCCAGCGAGCGUGCGAGAGCAACGAGGCGCUCGCGGAGCAAUCUGCAGCACUGCAGAAGGUUCUGGACAUGACUCGGCAAGCCCGACAGGAGGAGCGGCUCGCCUUGCAGCAGGAAGUGGACGAGCGCGACGCGCUGGUUGAAGGCUUGACGUCAGAGAGCGAACGACUGCACCGACUCCUGCUGCACCAGGAGGAGGCGCUGGAAGAGGUGCAGAGAAGGAUGGUGGCUCUGCAAAAGGAGCGGGAUAAGGAGGUGCAGGGCCGCAAAUCUCUGGAGGCCAACGUGGAGGCUGAGCGAGCUGCUCACCUGGAGUUCAAGCACAAGUGUGAGGUCGCACAGGCGGCGCUGGCACGGGAGCGCCGUGGCCAGCGGGAGGCGCAAUACAACCUGGAGCUGCUGCGAGGAGCGCUUGGAGAUGUGGAGCGAGCUUACCAGGAGGAGAGAGAGAGCAGACAGGGCACUGAGAAAGCUCUGCAGCGCUUGCAGACGGAGUACGAGCAGUACAAGUGUGACGUGAGCGUUGCCUUGGAGACGGAGAAGAGGAACACCGCUGAGCUGGCUGAGAAGCUGGAGGAGGAGAAAAGGCAGCAUGGCAACACACACCUGCUUGUGGAACAGGUGCAGGAUAGACAGGUGCAUUGUGGGAAACUCCUGGAAGAGAUCAGGGAGGCUCUCCAGCAGCGCGCACACAAAGGUGCAAAGGAUGAUGGGAAACGGAGUCUUCCUGCUGAUGUGAUGCAGUUGCUCCAUUUGAGGCUCAGGAAACAGGAAGUAGCUGAGCAGCAGGUCCAGGAUCUGCUGUUGGCGUGCGAGAGACUGGACGAGGAGAAGCAAACGCUCAAACACCUGACUGCGCAUCAGGAGCAACGUCUGCAAGAGGUUCGCCAGCUGUCACUCAAGCUGCAGGAGCGAGUGUCCCGCCUGCAAGAGGAGAGCCGCGAUUGGGCCGUGCACAAUGAAAAGCUUCAGGACGAGUCUAAGACGCACCUGUCCUUCCUGCACUGCAUCUCUCAGCGCCUGCUGGCGGGCAGCGUGGUAGCAGAACCGCAAAUCACGGCGGGUACUUUGAGCCGGUCAGACUUGUGUGACCUCAUCAGUGAGCUGGUGGAGCAGCUGACCUCUGACCUCCAGGAAGCCAACAACAAGGUGGCGCGUUUGCAGGCGGCGUGCGAGGAGAAGAGCGGGCGCGUGCGCCAGCUGCAGCGGCAUCACAAGCUCAUGUUGGCGCACGCGCGGGAGGGCAGGAGGAGGAGGGCGGAGGCCUGGAACAGCCGACACACGCGCACCGUCACUCAGCUGCGGGACCUCCUCUCGCUGAGUCGCAGAAAGUCAGCCUGCUUCCUGUCGGCGUGCGCGCUCCUCGCUGGCACAACGGCGCACGCCCAGCGCCGCCUGCGCAGCCUCGCCGAGCAAAAACAUCUCCUGGCCUCUCGCUCGGCGGCGAGGGAGGACCUGGAGGAGGAGCUGCGGCGGUUGGCCGACGCGCUGGGCGGAGACGAAGGCGGCCGGUCGGAAGGCGGGGGGAGGAGCCCGGCGAGGAGGCGAUGGGGGAAGUACGUGUGCGUGGUGUCGGCGCUGAGGCGGUGGCGCGACGUCGCGAGGCGGAGCACGGAGUUGUUCCGGCUGGAGACGGGAGGCGCGGGUGUAGUGGUGUGUGUCGCUACGGCAACGCUGAUGGGGGAAGAUGUCGUCGAAGGUCGUGACGCUUUGUGCGCUCGCUGGCUUCGCUCCAAACGUCUCCGCUCCGCCAUCUUGAACUGCAUGGCCGACCUGCCUCCUCCCGGCUCCUCCCCUCCGCGCGUGAGGUCGGCUGCGCGGUCCGGAUUGGCCCGCCUCCUGGAUCAGAUUGUCGGCCAAUCGGAAUCCGCUCCCGAAAUCCUGCACGAGAUGAUCCCGCAGACUCCGCCCCCCGACGACUCGAAGGCGCUGGUGUCCCGCCUCCGACACCACUUCCUGCUCCUCAGCCAACGGUUGCACUCGGCCGAAGUGGAGAGGCGGAGCCUGAGGCUGCAGGUGGCCAAUCUGAGAAGGACCGAGUCCCGCGGGGAGGACCCACGCAGGACAGUCCCAGCAAAGCACUUCCACAGCGUGUGCACAAACCUCCGCCAAGCACUCAGCGGGGAACAGGAAGCUCGCGCCAUGCUUCGGGAGCAAUCGACGCAGCGCGACUCUCUGCAGCUGCGACUCGACGCGUACGCCGGCGAGCGGGCACGGGCCCACCGUGCGCUCGGCCGCACGGCCGAGGCGCUGGCGGAGGCUCGACGGCGUCUAACAGGAAAGGAGCGCUCGCUGAGGAUUCUGGGCAAGCACCUGUCGCGUGUGGACAAAGAGAGGCGGCGACUGCGACAUGUUGAGGACGCCAACAGGCGCCAGGAACGCUUGAUCGGGAACGGGGAGGCGGCGGAGGAAGUGGCCGUCGGUCCCGCUUCUGGUGCUUUGAAAGGAGCUGCCAGGAAGUGAGGGUCUUAAGGAGUGUCAUCCGGGUCCGAGGUCCCCAACCACUGGGUCAUUUGGUCCACGCCCACACAGAGACUGAACAAAAAACAUUUGAAUGAUGACGAGGUUUUGCAAGGUUUUAUUUUGAAAGUCGGGUGCCUCUGUCAAACCGCUCCGCCUGUUCCGAGGUCACGCAAGUCUGCAAAAUGUUUGGAGUUUCGGACAGCGACUUGAAUAUCCAGAGAUUGCCCAAAAAUAAAUAAAAGCACUGAAUUUAUUGCUUGCCUUUCCAACAUUCAGUCUUUGUAACGCGAGAUUUUCCGCGGCGACGGCGACCCCAAAAAUGUUUUGCCAUAGACUGGACCCAUUCCAAAGAAUAGGACCUGUGAAGAAAACAUUUUCAGCAUCAUGAAGUCCACGCCCUCAGGCAGGCGACAAAAUGGUGCCGACUCGGCUUGAACGGAAGCUCCCUUUCUUUUUUGAUGUUUGCGUG